AUCAGGAAAGGUUUUAAUAUGUAUAUUGUUUGUGUGUGAAUAUCAUCAUCGAGGAGAGGAGAUAAAAAGUAUGGCGUUGUGGGAAAGUGAAAAAUUUCGCGAUAAUAAAACAAACGAAAAUGAAGAUACUUUUGAGAAUAUUCUAGUGAGCCAUGACCUGCAGGAUUAUUUUGACAAUAGUCUUGAUAUUCCAAGUUUUGACAAAGUUUAUGAGUCAUCCGCCAUUUUUGACUAUGAAAAAAAUUCUGACGAAGAGUCGUCGUACGUUGAAAGAUUACCCGAUGACAGUACGGGAUACAUUCAUCAUACGAUAAGUCCCGAUGAUAUUUAUUUACGUAUACAUCCGGGGCAAAAUGAUUCAAUGCCAGAAGAUCCCUCUCAUGCUGUUAUCACAAUUGAAAGCACGGAUCCGGAAACAAACCAAAAACACAUUAGUCGUUAUAAUUGUGAAUACGAUGGCUGUUCACGGACCUACAGUACUGUGGGAAAUUUACGAACCCACAUGAAAACCCAUAAAGGCGAAUAUCGAUUUAAAUGCUCAGAACCAAGUUGCGGCAAGGAAUUUCUAACGUCCUACAGUCUUAAGAUCCACAUUCGGGUACACACAAAAGUAAAACCAUUCGAAUGCAAUCACAACGGGUGUGAGAAGGCAUUUAAUACCCUUUACAGAUUGAGGGCUCACCAAAGGCUUCACAGCGGUGACACGUUCAAGUGUGAAGAAAUUGGAUGCGUUAAAUUCUUCACUACACUAAGCGAUCUCAAGAAACACAUUCGCACUCACACGCAAGAACGACCAUACAAGUGUCGGGAGAAAAGUUGUGGGAAAGCGUUUACAGCUUCGCAUCACUUGAAAACACAUAAACGAACUCAUACUGGAGAAAAACCUUAUGUUUGCAGUUUUGAGAGUUGUAGACGGUCAUUUACGACGCCGCACAGUCUUAAGAGUCAUCUAAAGACGCACAAGAAAAACGAGAACACGGAGGGGACUAAAACCAAAGAAACUCAAGGACCUGAGGCACUUUCAAUUCAAGAUACACCGGAAUUUGAGACAUUUUAUUCCGUCGUUCCGUUAAUGAAUCCACAAGACGAGAAUACAGCGAUAAUUAACGUGACCGAAAAUACCGAAUCAUUUAAUAAUAUCAAUUUCAUUGCCACCGAUCCAACGCAAAGAAAUAAUUCACCAAUCACAACACUUUUAUAUGACAAUGUUCUGAAUAAUUUUCCCGAAAACGUUAAUCAAGACUUUAACAAACUCUUUCCGGAAAUGUCUGACGAGAAUCUUUUGAAAUUAUCCGUUAAUCAAAAUCCUUUGAUGUUAAUAAGUUCGGAUAGUAAUAAUGGCGAUGAUGAUAAUAAUAACAAUCGGAAUAGUAAUGACAAUAUCAACGAGAAUGUUAAUAAUCAUCAUCAACAAACAAAAACACUGAGUUUGCAGGAGAAGAUAAUACAAAAUGGUUUGGAAAAUACGAUAGCAGAGAUGACGAACAAUUCCCCAUCGACUGAUUCAAUUUUUUAUGAGAACACAACAAUAAAUAAUGAACAAGUUUUUGAGAAUCUUAAUUUUAUUCAAGAGACGAGAAAUUCAAAUGCCGAACAACAAUCGGAAGCUGUCGAGUUGGCAAUAGCGUCGGAGGAGGAAAUCCCAACGCCUUGGAUCGAUGUUAUGACAAUGAAGGCCGAACCUGCAUUAAGAACCGAAACAUGGCCUGAAUUAAAUGCCUUUCCAACUGCCGUGCAUUCACUCGUUGAUCUCGUUGGUCCCGAGCCAUAUCCCCUGGAAUUGGAGACCGAACGCAAUUGUAAUGAAUCAUUAUUGAAUAAUGUCAAUGUUGUCAUUAACACAAAGGAAGCGGUUAACGAACAAAUUGUCCUCAAUUCUACAAGUGUUUGUAAUUCCACUGAUAAGCAGCCAAUUGUCACGAGAAAUAUACUCGAAAAAAUUAUCGCCGAUGCUGAUAUUUGCCGUUGUGAAAAAUGUGAUUGCUCUGAUUCAAGAAGAUGUAACAAUUGUACAACAUCUUCUUCUCCUUCUUCAUCAUCAGCAUUAUCAUCUUCAGUGGAGAAUAGAAGGGAAUUACCAAAUUUAAUUGGUAAGUGUCCAAGUGAUGAAACGAAAAAUUGCGAUUCAUCAUGUGCCGUUGUUAUUUGUGUUAAAACACUUCAACAAUUGCAGACUGUUUUAAAUACAUGCUGCAAAGUGACGAGUAAUUGUGCUGUUGCAUGCACAAGAGGUGAAUUAUUCUCCGGGCAUAAUAUGAAAUUAUUAACAACGCAACUCGCUGGAAAUCAUUGAUUUCGCUAGUAGUUUAUCUUUUCUUUCAUUUCUUUGGCGUAAAAUCCAAAAGAAAAUUAAAUACUGAUACGACUUUUUUAAACAUGGUACAAAAAUUGAAAGUUCAAGCUUUACUGUAGAGAAAUCGAAAAAGAAUUUAAAUUUUGUUUACUCUGGCAUUGAAAGAAGGUAUUUUAAUUUUAUUUAUUAUUAUAAACAUUUAAUGUUACUGCAAAUUUACUUCAGACCUCAGACAUAACUUUUUGGAUUUUUUCAACUUAUUUUCAACAAUUAUGACUUUUUUUUAAUUUUCUUUCAAAUACUGCAACGAAAUACCACAUUUUUAGCAUAAAAUGCAACUUACAUCGAUUUUUAGAGUGUCAGUUUGAAAUUGUAAAAUUUUAAACAAUAAUGUCAUCGAUAUUAUAAAAAAUGUAGAGACUUCCAUUCAUACUUUGGAUAUAGAUAAUGAUGUCAAAAACGAAGUUAGAGACAAGGGCAAUUCUACUGUUUGUCUUUAUAAAUCUUCUUACUAUAAAAAAGUGAACGAUCUUUCAAAAACUAUUUUUGAAUAAUUUUCCUAAUUAAAUUUUCGAAAUAUCAGGGAAAAGUCAGGAAUUUUUAUUAAAAGUGGUGGAAAAAAAUU